CUGCGGCUGCCUAUCUAGCCUGCGGAAGACUGCAGUGGGGCGUCCUGCGGGUUGCGCGGGGCCAUGGGAGCCCUGCGGAAGAUGCUGGUCGCGGUCGCGUUGUUGGGUGCGGGGACUGGCGUGGGCUCCGCACUCUUUGCUCUGGUGACUCCAGGAGAACUGCAGAAGCAGGAGAUGCUGAAGGAGAUGCCGGAGCAGAACCCGCAGCGCAGGGACGAGGCGGUCAGGACCCAGGAGUUAGUGCUAGCUACUCUGCAGCAGGCGGCGGCCACGCAGGAAAAUGUGGCCUGGAGGAAGGACUGGAGACUUGGUGGAGGCCAGAGGUCAGCGUGAGACCAGACUUACCCCCGUGGGCGCUGGGACCUUAGCUAGUGCUCACUUGACCGAGGUGGCCUUCUCUUCAUCCCCGGACCGGGGAUGUCGUGCUUAGCACUCUGCGGGACCCAGAGACUUGCCGCCCGGUGAGCACGUUCUCCCAAACCCUCCGGGUCACGGGCCGGGGGCGAGACUGGGGUCGGCUGUGGAGAAUUGAAGGAACCAAUAAAUUAUGUUCCUCCAUCCA